GCGUUACAAUCAAUCAGUAUCAAUAAAAUGCAGUACGACUGUCGUGGGUGGUGCUCAAAUCAGGAGCACGCAAUUUAAAAUACAACACCUCUUCGAUUAAAAUUUGACCACUUAAGAGGUAUACAGUCCAACUUCGCAAGAGUUCAAUAGCCCAGCGAAUUAAUCGGCAAAUGUAUUUAUAUAUUUUUAUAUAAAAAACGGUGUAGGUUUUAAAGUAGUGGUUGCUACUGAUAAGUGUUUAGUUGCUCAUAAAAUAUGGCACAGAAAUGAACUUUGAGCGUGCUUUGUAUGGCGGAGUCAUCAUCAUUGCUCGAAAAUCAGCUGACAUGUGCACAGGCUAAAUCAUUUGGCUUUUCCCGAACAUUACUUAAAAAAACAUAAACAAAGUUUAUUUGUUUUUUUGAAUUUGAACUGCUAUUUUAGUAAUGAUAUUUUAAGUGGUUUUGAGUUUAUAUACCGUAUGUAAAUUGUAUGUAAAUGACAUAUUUAUUAAAUUGUAGUUCUUAGUUUAACUUAAAUACUCCAACAACCAUAUUUAACAUAUUUAUCUGUUUAAUUUUUUCAACAAAAAAUCAUUACAUCAGCGUUCGUUCUGGAAUUGCUUUAAAAGCACGUUCUCUUUCUAUUUAGUUUUUUAAAUUCCACAAUGGUUUCUUUAUGCUGAAUUAUUUUGUAACGAAACCCAUUAUUGAUUUGACAACUUGCAAACGGAAAAUAUGUAAAAGUUUUAUGGUUUUCAUAAAAUUCCACUAAAUUUAUAAAUUGGAAGCUUAUUUAACGCUUAAGUUUUUUGUUUAGGAAAUCGUAACCAUAUGAUAUUUAACACUAAACAGUGACUCAACCCUUUUCUGUUUUUAUGUUCACUGUUAAGAGUGUUUAAAGUAGUAAAACCAGAGUGGCCAGACCACUAAGGAUAAGAUCCGUUAGAUUUAUCAGACGCUAAAACACUGCUGUUUAAUGUGCAUAAACUUUAAAUUUGCUAGGAAAACAAUAUUGCUUAAUUAUGUUUCGAAUGCAUUGCAACAAGUGCUUUUGUCACCGCAGUAAAGAUCCGACGAUGGUCUUCAACAUGACGAGAUGCCAGCACGUAAUUUGCAAGACUUGUGUGACAGAAUCCUCGUCAGAAAAAAAAUGUCCAAUUUGCAAGCAGGAGCUUCAUUCGAUACCCAUCAACGGGAAUUUGCCCCGUGGCGUGGCCUGCUACUUCGAGGAUCCUCUUCAAUUCCUGGGGCUCUACCGCAAGAUCAGCAAGUUUCAGACCGACCAGCGAGCAUCGGACAACCUGGGAUUCUACCGACAGAUGCAGGAGCACGAGAAGAACAAACUCCGACUGGAGGGCUUCUGCAAAAUGGAGGCACAGAUUAACCAGCAGAUCGAAAUGGAGAAGAAGCGGAUCGACGAGCUGCGCGCUUACAUCUCCUACCACGAGGAAGCGGUUCAGAAAACUAGGCGGCGCAGCAUGGAUGAUCAAUCCCAAACCAGGGACUUCCAAAAGCCCCAAAGCAAACAGAGGCGUCGUGGCGUACGGCCACGGACACCCUCCAUUAGCACAACGGACAACAGCCAGUCGGAUGACGUAUCCUUUUUGGACUCGGAUACAGAUUUUCCGGCGAUAUGCAAUCCGCGCAAGAAAAGCUUCAGCGAGGAUAUUGAGGAGUUCCAUAUUUAAUCAUUUAAAAUCCUUUCCACAAAACAUAUUAAACUGUUUAAUGUUUCUCCCGUAGGAUUCCCGUCAAUGAGAAAAUUGCGAAGAAUAGUUUUAGAACAAAUUCAGUUUUCUUUAAUUUCGGUAAGUGUUAAGGAUUUUCAUAUUUAAUUACAUUUCUAUAUUUUAUUAUAGAUGGGGGAUCGCGCAAAAAACCGUUGACAGAAAAAUUAAACAGUUUCAUAAUUAAUCAUUAUUUAUUUAUAUAUUUUCUUUGUACUAGGGAUUUGAAAUUAAAUCUAAAAUUUAAUUUGUACUGAAAAAUAUUCGAUAUUUUCUCAUUGGCUUGGGUCUAAUCUCGUCGUUUAAGAAAGUGACCCCCUUUAUGAAAAAAGUUACGGAUUCUCAUAAUUAAUCACUUUAUAUUGUGUAUUUUGGGUGAGGGUAUAACAUUUUCUCAUGUUUUUUUAAAUUUAAAUUAAAAAACGUUGGUAGAUAUUAAUCUACAAUGAAAUACAACUUUAAUAUGUUUAAGCUUUAACGUGAAAUGGAUUGAUUAACUUUGAGAAUAUUUAGUAGAACAACCUAGAUCAUUAAAUUUUAGGAUUAAAUAUACAUAUGUCAAUUCAACUAAUCUAUAUUGCUAAGCUAUAGAGAAUCGUGAACUCUAACGAAAUGCUAUUUUUAAAAACUUAUGAAUAACAAGUAGAGGUGUAAGCUGCUCUAUCAGCAUUUCUUAAAGAAUCGCCUUAAAUCUUAAAAUAAAGUUAGUUAAGCAUCAUCCGAUAUCCUACUACCAAAAAUUAAGAAGGGAGAUUUUAAUAGAGAUCAUCAAUAUUAUUUAAUCAAUUUUAAGUCAAUACAA